AUGGACAACAUUCUCAACUACAAUCAGCCUCAGCAGGGCCAGAACCCCGAACGCAGUGGUCAGCAGGGCGGCGACCUCGCUGGCGGCCUCAUGGGCUUGGCCUCCCAGUUCAUGGGCCAGAGCGGCGGUGGCUUCGACAUCAAGUCGCUGCUCGCCGGUGCCAACAUGCAGAACGGCAACCCGCAGGACCUCCACAAGCCGAUGACCAACGUCCUCGGAGCUAUCCAGACCGUUCAGAGGCCCGACGCCGAAAUCAACGAGAGCGCCGCCACGUCGGCCCACGCCGCAGCUUACCCUGAUGGCCAUGCCAACUACGACAAGGCGGGCCAGCUCAGCACGGAGAGUAUGGGUGCUGCGGCUGCCAUUGAGGCGUUCAAGGCGUUCGCUGGUGGUGGCACGCGUGUGGCUCAGGAGGGCCCAGGCAACCAGAGCCUCAUCUCCAAGCUUCUCGGCAUGGCCAUGUCCGAGGCCGUCAAGCUCUUCCAGAAGUCGGGCGGCACGGCCGACAACGGGUCUGAGGCGGAUGUGAUGACCAGCGCCGGCCAGACCAUCAUGAAGCUACUCAUCCAGAACCAGGUGCAGGGUGCGCUCGGCGGCGACCACGGCAGCGGAGGAGGAUACGGCGCCAACGUCGGCCAGAUCAUGAACCUCGCCUCCAAGUUUAUGGCCAAGUAA